AUGAUUGUGGAAGGUUCUGGCACGCCUAGUACCGGCAAGAAGGCCAAGGCAGAGGCCCCCGACAAGGAAGCUGCCAUAUGCACUGCCUGCUGGGAAGCCGCUGCCGCAGAAAAAGUUGGGAAAGGUGAUGGGCCGUACUGCAAGAUCCACCGGACCAAAGGCUAUGACCUUCAGGAGUGUUAUCAGGUUGAGCAGCUCGUCAAGAGACAGAGGGCAGAGUAUGAUAAGCAUGACAAGGAGAAAGCGGCCCUCGCGCGACGCUCAGAGAUUUUUAUCAAUGGCUGUUGUAGAUGCGAAGGAGAGAUCGAACCAUCACGAGGUCAGAUACCACUCACCCCCGAUCCACCCCACCAACCGUCCCACUCCACCCACCACUGUUUGUCUAAAAAAAACACCCAACCAUCGAUCCAGAUCCCCUCCUCUCUUCUCCCGAUUCACCCCUCGUCUCUCUCCCAUCCCACGCCGCCGCCGCCGCCGCCCACCACCCCGGUGACCUCCCCACCGGCGCCGAGAAAACAGAGUCGCCUCUUCUUCUCCUCCCAAAUCCUCCCGCUCCCCCUGCACAUUUCUUCAUGUCCCCGCUCCCUCCCUCGCUCCACCACGGCGGCCUCCCCCGCCGGCGGAUCUGGGACUGGGAGACGCGGCUGCGCUAGCGGCGGUCGGUUGGUUGGUGGCGGACCGGCAGAGCCUCAGCGACCAUCGAUUGGAGGCGAGGGGAUUGGGGGCGGGGAGUCGACGGCGAAAACAGAGGGCGGAGAUCCAUCGGUGGCCAGCAGCAGCAGCUCAGGCACUCAGGAAGGUGCCAAGGAGAUGCUGGACCAAGGCGUGGAGGCACUGCGAGCUGAAGAGCACAUAGCUGCAGAUGCUGGAGGCCGGGCCGGUGAGCCGAGGAUUGGAGGUAGCGUUGAUUGGUGUUUUUAUGGAGAGAUAGGAUGCCACUGUUUGGUGUUUUUAUGCAUUUUGGUUUGCUUGUAACUGUGUUUGCACUAGCUGGGAGUAAGUGACUUGGCAAGAACUGUAGGUGUUUUAAUUGAAGGCAUGAAAAGCCAUGACAAUAUGUAUGCUCUUACAGGAUGUGCUCUAAUGCCGCUGGUUUAUUAUAAAUCUUGGAUUAGUAA